AUGAGUCUACUGGUUCAGGUUCACGAGUCUGAAUCUCCGGCCACCAACACUUCCGUGCAUACUGAUAAUGUUCAUGUCUUCUCCCCUCCACAGGAAAGAUGUGAUCCAGAGGAAUAUGAUUUCGAAGAUGUUUUAGACACCUACUCCCUGCCAGUGGACUCAACUCCGUCAGUAUUGAGCACCAACAUCAGCACUGAGAUCUACCGACGUCCCGUGUAUAGGUCCCCGCCUGCCGUCCGCAGAGCCCGACGACCCGACCACCCGACCCGACCACCCGACACCUCGGCGGUACCGGCGCCCGCAGCAGCACCGAGCCUUCAUCAUGAACGCCAGACCACCUGCACUUGUACCUGUCGCCUCCACAGCAGCACGGGGUGCAAGAGCCGUAGCAGGUCACGGGAGCGGCGGCUACUGGGCAUGGGCGACUUGGAGAGCGUACUUGUGGGUGGAGUAAGUGGUGCAGGGGGGCGUGGUGUGGGUGUGGCCAGUGUGAGUGGGCGGAAGGUGGGCGUGAGUGGAGGAAAUGGCAACAACAGUGGGAGAAACGUGGGUGGGAGUGCCAACAACAGCAGUGGUGGGUUGGGUCUCCCGACAGCGGGUAAGUCGGGUGCUAGUGGUGGGCGGGGCAAGACAGUGGGUGGUGCUAGUGGCAGAGAUAUCGGGCGAGGCAGUGCCUCUAAAGGAACUAAUGGCGGUGGCGGGAGGCGGAGUGUACACCAAAAGCCAGGAUUCUUAAAAACUGUGUCGAUCAUAGAGACGUUGAGUGAACUGGCCCAUGGACCGGAAGUGCAGCGGCUAGCUCAGGAACCCCGGCCGCAGCGCCCCUCCCGUCCUCACUCUGGUUCACGCGCCUCCUCUUCUCGCCAACCAACCCUUACCACCUCCGCGGGCGGGGGAAGUGCCGGAGACCAUGGUGACGACACCCCUACACGCCCACCUGGUCCACCUGUCCUGUCAGCAGACUUCCAGCAGUACAGUGAAAAGAUCUACGACGCCGUCACCUCCCAGGGGCCAGAACCUAGCCUCAGGGGGAACCAUGGGGGGCAGGGGCGCGUCCAUAGCAUCGCGCACCCUCGCAGAAGGGAGCGAACACAACCCAGGGGCGAGACUGCCCUGGGGGAGUCUCAGGGAGCCCCUGGGAUAAGUAAGGAGAGCAGGAGGGAGGAAGAAGAAAUCAGCAGGAAGCCUCGACCCGAACACCGCGGCAGAGAACGAGGCAGAACACCAGACUGGAUUAAAAGAAUAUUCGAUAUCGCUAAAAAGGGUGACCUGCCAUCUCUGAAGCGCAGUGUGGUCGAUAUGGAAGGCACACUGAUCCGUAACCUCAGCGACCACAGCGGCAACAACCUGCUGCACGUGAUGGCUGUGUUCGGCCACCUGGCUCCCCUCGCCUGGCUCCUCACCUCCCAGCAGGUGUUGGUCGACGCCCUCCACGACGAGAACAAGUUUGGACUCACGCCCCUCGUGUGUGCCAUCAAGUAUGGGCGGCUGCGGCUGGUACAGUGGAUGGUGGAGAAUACAGGAGUGAGGGACAAGGUGCGGUGUAAGGACGGUGAGAGGUCCUUACUACACGUCGGUGCCAAGUACGCCCAGGAGGAGGUGGUGGGGUGGUUGGUGGAGUACAUGAUGGCGCACGAGGUCCCGCUAGACAACAAGGAUCACAAUGGCAACACGGCGCUCCACUUGGCGGCUCGGACUGGUAACUCCCGCGUGUGUUCCAUCCUACUACAACACGGUGCUGAUGUGACGCUCAAGAAUGACAUGGGACAGAAGGCGUGGGAGGUGUGUGUGGUGCGGGGUCACCUGGCGUGUGCCGAGUACCUGUGUGUGCAUGAGUCUGGCCUCGCCCUCGCCACCGACCUCACGCGGAGAGAAGCAGAGCUGGAGGCCGCGAUGGCAGACAACCAUGAUCUCAGAGUCAACUUCAAAGAGGUGUUGAGUGUGGCGCGGCGGCUGGUGAAGGAGAGGGAGGAGGUGGUGCGUGAGUUGUCCCGCCUCCACGACCACAUGGUGGAGGCUCACGACAACAACAUCAUGGCGCUACAAGUCUUGGCUGAAGAAAACAACUCUCUCAGGGACCGCGUCAAUGGCGUCAGGCAGUCCACGCAUGCGCGGGAACAAGUGGAGUCAGUUAUAGAGUACGUGAACGGGUUACACGAGCGGUGGCAGGGAGCACAGAAGACCUGGUUCGGGUCCUCGCUGGUGGACAUGGAGCACAGGAUGUUACUGGUGGAGGAGGCGUGGAAGAAGCUCAGACACCGGAGUCACCGCACCGUCGCCACCGCCCAUCACCCGCUCGAUGUGUUCAGGGCGAAGCUUUGCUCUAUACGGGCCCAGGGAGGAGACUGCCGCCUGGGUGACCUUCCCUCACUCUGCUCCUCUGAGGAGUCUCUCGUCUCACUUUUCCCAUUUAGUGAGGAGGAAGACGUGUAUGAAGGAGUUGAGGACUACGCCGCCACUACUUCACCAGCUCACUCCACGCCCACACGGGCCACUACUCUCACGUCUACACCAAUGCGUACACCUGCCAGUGGUGGUGUUGACGUGCGCUCUGAGACACUCCCGGCCAGACUGGAGGCUUUAUCACCCCGUGUUGGUCGUAGUGAUCAUAUACAAGAGCCAGACUACCUGAGCCGGAGUGAGGCCAACCUAGCGGAUGAACCUCCCGACCCAAUUAUAGACCACAAACAGUCGCCAAUAUCCUCUAGGUCAAGAAAUCCAGCCUCCAAGGUGAAGGACAGUCCUGGGCGACCAUACUGGGCUGAUGCCAGUCUGAGCCCUGGUUUAGGUUUAAUUAGUGAACAGUUAGCUGGAAACUCACCGAGUGGAGAGAGGUUAGGUAAGGAAGAAGUCAGUGCCAGACUGCGGGAGUUAGCACUAACGUCAGAGAGUGGCUCUUGUUCUGUGCUGGAGGUGAUCGAACCUUCUAGUGAUGAGAGUGACGCGGCACCUGAAGAUGAUCCUGGAUCGCUGGACCCCCAGAUAGGGCCCCGGGGAGCGGCGCCCCCGCGGGCCAGUGAGGAGAGCAGUAGCGGAGAGGCUAAGGCACUCCGUCUGCCCCAUGAUCGGCGCCAAAAACGUGGGCCUCGAGCCCGCCAUGAUGAAGGCGAGAGCUCUGUGCGAGGAGGUGAGGCAACCACUACGUCUAGCGAGAGUGGUGCUGACUCUACCUGUGUGAAGCAAGUCGACCUCCUGCAUGGCACUGACCACCCACACCAUCUUCGACUGCAUCACACAGACAAUACUGACCAUAAGCACUUUUUAGUGAAUGAGACAUCCCCGGGCGCCGCUGCCGCGGAUGUCUCUGAUAUUUGUGGACAGCGGCACCUGGGGGAUGGGGAGGGCAUGGAGAGCACCCUCAAGGACACGUCUGUAGGAGUGACAUCUGUGUACAAACGUAAAGGAUUCCUCCAUAAGUUUUCCAUUAAACCACGGUGGCCUUCUAAACGCAAAGUGAAAACAGUGCGAAAAGUUCCUGAACUUAGUGCACGAGACUUCCAGGAGACGUACGGCAAUGUGAGGGAGUCCACCUUGUCUCUGGGUGACACUGAUGCCCACACCACCACCGAGUCCAACACUUCGUCUAGUCAAGAGUACAGUAACUCCUCUGAGGAGUCAUCUAUAGGCAAGCCCACCACCUCCACCACUACUACUUCUUCCUCCACAGUCACUGCUCGACCCUCUGACCUACCUGAAGCAGAAGCAGCUCGGCACAGGACCCGCAGUGGUGCAUCCUCGUCGGACAAGCAUAUUGAACAUGGCAACAGCAGUAUUACCAGUAAUCCUGGUAUGAGUGGAUCUUGUCCAUCCAGCCCUCCGCCACUACCUGCUCGCCGGAAGCUGCUGCCAGAGGAUAGUUCACCUGCUACACCACCUUCAUCAGCACCGCCCAUCCCUCCUGAACCUGAGUUCGAAUCUAUGGAGGAAAACCUACCACCUGUGCCCGAGGAGGCGGUGUUAAAACCUGGGAGUGAGGCCCGUAGUGUGGCUGCCUCUGAGGACUCAGGUAUUGUGGCGCGGCCCGCCUCCAGCGCCUCCAAGUCAGAUUCUGUAUCUCGCCCAGAAUCCUCCUCCUCCUCUUUUCCUCCUUUCAAGAGUGACUAUCCCCUCCAGAAGGGGUUUUCUCUAACUCAGGACCUCCUGCCUACCCCAGACUCUAGUACUGCUGGUCGCAUGUCCCCCGCACCUAGUGAGAUAAGCAAGACCGAGUCAGCACUCUCCCCUCCUUCCCAUGCCUCAGAUGUCAGUAAGAGUGAGUCAGCACGACAACUUAGUGUUGGGAAAGGUAGUGUGGGAGGCAGCACAAGUGUCAGCAGUAAGGAGGGGUCAGCAUCCUCCUCGUCAGAUUACUCGCUGACAUUAUUGCCUCUCAAGAAGCAACUGAACGUCAAGACGGCUGCCAUCAUUGACAUAUCUUGUGAGCAGAAGACUAAGAAGCCAGACCAGCCCAGCAUCAGUUCCUCCACUCGGGGAGACUCAGGGAGUUCAAAGAAGGAAGAGAAGCCAUGGUAUGAACUGUCAGAUGAGGAGUCGGACAUCUUACUGCCUGACCGUCUUACUAGCAAGGUCAUACCCCGGCACUCAUCAUCUGAGGACGAAACAGAAGUGUGCUGAACCAUAACAAGAACUAGUAGACAGACACACACUGUUGGUGAAAGGUUGUGAUGUGAUGACAUAUUGCCACGGAUUUAUGAUAUUAUGGCGUUAGAUAUUCUUAUUACU